AGCGUGGCGUCCGCGGCUCCGGUGCCUACUGCGCUUCGCCUUCUGCAGCGAGCCAAAGAGCAGGCGAGGGACCGCUAAGGUCCGCCCUGCCCGGCCGCUCCAGCCUUGCUGCUGCGCUGCAGAGACAGCCCAGGCUGCGGCGCGCAUCUGGGCUCCAAGGAAGUUGACCGAGGCUCUGUGGCAGGAUUCUGGAGUCCGGGAUUGCACGAAGCCGGCUUAGCAGUAGCCUCCUUGCACCAUCCGUGCCGCCUCUUGCGUGCUCUACUUUCCAUCUGCUAUUGUUCCAAAUUGUUUCUGGCGGCGAGCCUUGCUCUGAAACUUAAGAAAGUGCUGGAUUUCCUCUUGUUCGGCUGAGGAAUCGCAGACCACAUCUGGGUAGCUGGAUGCAACCCAGCCACAGCCCUGUUGGAUACCAAAGUGCUUACUCCUGUCCAAAGUGCCAUGCCUGAACUGCUACAGGAAAGAGGCGGCUCCUGAGACCAGCACCUGUGCGCCUGCUUGCCUGCCUUGCGCUUCUCCUUCCUAGCCACCUUCCUGGCCACAGGCAGCACGGAGAAAGUCCGCCUCGGAUGCGUGCCGUGGAAACUGGUUCUUGGAGUCUGGCGAGCUGAGGCUGGAUUUGAGGGAGGAAUAUUAGACUUGGAGGAGUCUGCGCGCUUUCCUCCUCCCAGUGCAUCGCGCGGUCGCCGCUAGUUCAUCGCUAGGUCCCCGCGCUCACUCCCCACCCCACCCACUUCCUGUGCUCGCCCGGGGGGCGUGUGCGUGCCGCUGCCGGAGUUCUGGGAAGUUGUGACUGUCGAGAAUGGGGGUCUGUGGGUACCUGUUCCUGCCCUGGAAGUGCCUCGUGGUCGUGUCUCUUAGGCUGCUGUUCCUUGUACCCACAGGAGUGCCGGUGCGCAGCGGAGAUGCCACCUUUCCCAAAGCUAUGGACAACGUGACGGUCAGGCAGGGGGAGAGCGCCACCCUCAGGUGUACAAUUGACAACCGAGUCACCCGGGUGGCCUGGCUAAACCGCAGUACCAUCCUCUAUGCCGGGAAUGACAAGUGGUGCCUAGAUCCUCGUGUGGUCCUCCUGAGUAACACCCAGACGCAGUACAGCAUUGAGAUCCAGAAUGUGGAUGUGUAUGAUGAGGGUCCUUAUACUUGUUCGGUGCAGACAGACAACCACCCGAAGACCUCGAGGGUCCACCUCAUUGUACAAGUAUCUCCCAAAAUUGUAGAGAUUUCUUCAGAUAUCUCCAUUAAUGAAGGAAACAACAUCAGCCUCACGUGCAUAGCCACAGGUAGACCGGAGCCUACAGUAACCUGGAGACAUAUUUCUCCCAAAGCCGUCGGCUUUGUGAGUGAAGACGAGUACCUGGAAAUUCAGGGCAUCACUCGGGAGCAGUCGGGGGACUAUGAAUGCAGCGCCUCCAACGACGUGGCUGCACCCGUGGUACGGAGAGUGAAGGUCACCGUGAACUAUCCGCCAUACAUAUCAGAAGCCAAGGGUACAGGUGUCCCUGUGGGGCAGAAGGGGACUCUGCAGUGUGAAGCCUCGGCAGUCCCUUCAGCAGAAUUCCAGUGGUUCAAGGAUGACAAGAGACUGGUGGAAGGAAAGAAGGGAGUCAAAGUGGAAAACAGACCUUUCCUCUCAAGGCUGAUCUUUUUCAAUGUCUCCGAACACGACUACGGGAACUACACGUGUGUGGCCUCCAACAAGUUGGGCCAUACCAAUGCCAGCAUCAUGCUAUUUGAAGUGAAAACUACAGCCCUGAUCCCUUGGAAAGGCCCCGGCGCUGUCAGUGAAGUGAGCAAUGGGUCAUCAAGGAGGGAAGGCUGCAUUUGGCUCCUCCCUCUCCUGGUCUUACACCUGCUCCUCAAAUUUUGAUGUGAGUGUCCCUUCCCUGCUGGGGAGAGCUGCUGCCACUCCAUCUCAAUGCAACGACAGCACAGCGACACAGCGAGUCAGCAUCAAACGAAAUUCAGAGAAUCACGGCCAAUGGGACAGAAAUUCGAGGGAGGGGAACAAAGAAUACCGUGGGAAAGCAACAAAAAAAAAGUUUUACAAAAGGAAAAAUUUGAAAAUUGCCUUGCAGAUAUUUAGGUACCACUGAGUUUUCUUUCUUUUCCCAAAUGGGAAGAAGGCACACCUGGCUUGGACCCACCCACAAGCUGCACUGUGUGACCUCUCUUGUUGCCAGGGUGGGCAAGGGCUCAGCCACUCUGCCCACUAAAGUGCCCCACCAUGGAACAUUCUGGAGUCGGCCAUCCCAAAUUCCAUCGGUCCGUAGAGACAAGCACAGAGUGAGAAGCAGGGGCCCAGAUGUGCCGCGGAGGGCCCUUUGGUGGGCUGCGCCAUGGUGGCAUGUGUCAUGAAGUGUGAAAUCAGAAGAAAAAACAAAAGACAACAGCAA